AUGAAGAAGAAGUUAAAACACCUGUCCCUUGUUAUGUCAGCCUACAACAGGACCAACAUCCAUCCAUCAACCUUCAUUCUCAUUGGCAUUCCUGGGCUAGAGGAUGCCCAUAUCUGGAUCUCCAUCCCCUUUUGUAUGGUCUACAUUCUGGCCCUUCUGGGAAACUGUUCACUUUUGUUCACCAUCAAGACAGACCCCAGCCUCCAUCAACCAAUGUACCUCUUCCUCUGCAUGCUGGCUGUGGCUGACCUUGUGGUGUGUACUACAGCGGUUCCCAAAAUUCUCAGCCUUUUCUGGUUCCAUGAUGGAGAGAUUGGCUUUGAAGCCUGCCUCACACAAGUUUUUCUGAUUCAUUCCUGCUCCACCAUGGAGUCUGGUUUCAUCCUGGCCAUGGCAUUUGACCGUUAUGUAGCCAUUUGUAAUCCGCUAAGACACUCAACUAUUCUGACACGCACUGUCACUGGGGAGCUGGGCCUGGGUAUAGUACUGAGGGGCUUAGCACUGCUCACUCCUCACCCUUUCCUGCUAUGCUGGCUUCCCUACUGCAAAACCAACAUAAUUUCCCAUGCCUACUGUGAGUUUAUGGCUCUCAUCAAACUCGCCUGUGCUGAGACCAGAAUCCGCAGAGUAUAUAGCCUUAUCGUUGCCUUCCUUACUGGGGGUGUGGACUUCAUCUUGAUCAUUUGUUCUUAUGUCCUCAUCCUACGCACUGUCUUCCACCUCCCAUCUAAAGACGCCAGACUCAAAUCUUUGGGCACCUGUGGCUCCCAUGUGUGUGUGAUCUUAGUGUUCUAUACUCCAGCCUUCUUCUCUUUCCUCACCCACAGAUUUGGACAUCAAGUGGCUCCUUGUGUACACAUAUUGGUAGCCAAUAUUUAUCUUCUUGUUCCACCCAUGGUGAACCCCAUUAUUUAUGGGGUGAAGACCAAGAAGAUACGAGACAGGUUCCUGAAACUGUUCAGGUCUUUAGAGGCCCACAAUUGA